ACAACGUUGUGAAAGGUCACCCAAAUCAGACGCGUAAUUUUUCUUUGAGAAGUUUUAUUUCAAAUGUUCUUUGGAGACAAAAUAUCUUAAACAAAGAUUUAAGGAUAGAGGAAAAAAAAUAUUUAAAAAAAGUUUUGAAAAGAAAAAAGGAAAAACUAAAUUAAAAUGCAUAAGCCUUUGAAGAGAUUUACCCAAUGUGGGAGUUUAACUAUGCUUUUUACAGUGUUUGUAGUGAUGUUUUCAUUAAGUUCAACAGCUUUAACAACUUUUGGAAUCUAUAAGCCGCAAAAUCAACCUGCCGCACCAACUCAAACACCGAAGGGUAAAGACUGCAACACUAACAUGGAUUGUGUAGGAAUUGUGGAUACUUCUUGUGUUAAGGAUGUCGACUACAAAUCACGCUGUCUUUGUGGUGACUUCAGAGCACCAAACAACGGCAUCUGUUCAGCAAGAAUGAAAGGAUUACGUCAUCAAUGUCGUCGUACGGAAGAUUGUGAAGAUUACAUGGUUUGUCGUGAAAACAAUAGCACAAAAACAACUCUAGGAUCUCUUUCGAAAGAUAGUGGAAUUAGAGAAAAGCUGUGCUUAUGUGACGAAGAUAAUGGAUAUAUGGAGAAUAUCAUUGAGAAUCAUUGCAAUGCUGCAGUUAAAAAUUUCAUUGCCAGUAUAUUCGGUUACAUGGUGGCAAUAAUUUUCUACUUUUUCGUCACACAAAAAUUCUUGACUUAUUAAAGUUGACCAGUCGUGAAACCAAACAAGACGAAGAAGCAAGAAAGUGCUAAGAAGUUUAAGGCGAAAAUCAAUUUUCCAUUCGCCAUGAAAUCGCAAUAUUUUUUUCUUCACUCUCAUGCUAAAUAUUACUUUAAGAAUUUUCUUUAUCGCGUCACGUUUCGUUGCUGUUUCUGUUUCUUUUAUUUCGUCUCUACACCAGUCUCGUGGUCAAUCAUUUUCCCCUUUCACGAAAAGUAAUCUACAAUGAUAUUCACAGUAAAACUCGUUGUUUGAUGUUAGUUAUGAUUCUUUCUGUUUUUAAACAAAAUCUUAAAUUGCACAACCAUGAACACGCGAAAUGCCUCAAAAGAAAAUUAUUGCCUUCUUAAACCUUAAUGCACCAAAAACGGAAUAAAGAAAAGCUUUUUCACACAGAAAGGCAUUUUAUCAUACAAUUCACAUGAAAUUUUAAUACAAUUUCAAUUAGGUGUAGUGGAAAAAAAUAAACAUGAAAACUUGUACAUUUUUAACUUUCAUUCAAUAUAAAACUUAAACUAUAAUCUAAGAUCAGCAAAUUAAUUAUUGUUGUGAUUAGGAAAUUUCCCUUAGGGCAGCAAAACACAAAUAUAAAAAUGUUAGAAGUGUUGAUUUGUCAUUAGAUGACCACAAAUGAUAGUUCAACUGAUGUCAGAGCGUAUAAUAAAACUUAUUUCUAUUAUCUAGCUAGUAUAUAUUUACAUACAUAAACAUAAAAUUAUUGCAUUUUCUUGAGAAAAAUUAAUGUAAACAAACAUUCAUGUAAAACAAUUUUUCAGCCCAUCGAAAUUUGAAUUAAAGGAAGUCUCAAUUAAAUCUCAUAUCAAUAUUUAUGUACUUAAUAAAAUCAUCAAUCUGUUAUAUCUUAAAUUAUUAAUUAUUUUCAAUAAAAGUCUUCAAGGAUUUGAAGUUAAAAAUUCCUAA